AUGGAUGAAAUAAAAGGGAAAGUUUGUGUCACGGGAGCUGCUGGCUUUCUAGCUUCUUGGCUUAUCAAGAGACUCCUUUUAUCAGGAUAUCACGUCACUGGAACAGUUAGAGAUCCAGGUAAUGAGAAGAAACUAGCGCAUCUCUGGAGACUGGAAGGAGCAAAGGAGAGACUUCGGUUGGUGAAGGCUGAUCUGAUGGAAGAGGGCAGCUUCGAUGAUGCGAUCAUGGAAUGCCAUGGCGUCUUCCACACUGCUUCCCCUGUUCUCACCCCUUCAUCUGAUCCAAAGGCAGAAAUCUUGGAGCCAGCUAUAGAGGGCACGUUAAACGUUCUCCGUUCCUGCAAGAGGAAUCCAUCUCUAAAACGUGUGAUUCUCACCUCAUCCUCUUCGACUGUGCGAGCAAGAGAUGAUUUCGACCCCAACAUACCUCUUGAUGAGUCAAGUUGGAGCUCUGUGGAACUCUGUGAGAGACUGCAGAUAUGGUAUGCUCUAUCGAAAACUCUAGCUGAGAAGGCAGCAUGGGAAUUCUGCAACGAGAAUGGCAUUGAUUUGAUAACUGUUCUGCCAUCAUUUGUAAUUGGACCUAGUUUGCCCUCUGAUUUAUGCUCUACUGCUUCCGAUGUUCUUGGCUUGCUUACAGGAGAAGUGGAGAAAUUUCAAUGGCAUGGAAGAAUGGGUUAUGUUCACAUUGAUGAUGUUGCACUGUGCCACAUCCUCGUUUAUGAGCAUGAAAGUGCUGGUGGGCGAUAUCUUUGUAGCUCAACCGUGCUGGACAACAAUGAAUUAGCAUCCUUUUUAGCGCAGCGUUAUCCUUCGCUACCUAUCCCAAAGAGGUUUGAGCAAGGAAGGAGACUGUACUACGAAUUUGACACUUCAAAGCUGAAGAGAUUAGGGUUCAAGUUCAAAUCAAUCCAAGAAAUGUUUGAUGAUUACGUUGCUUCACUUGUGGAACAAGGCCAUCUCUCUUCAUUCGGUUUGGCCAUAAAUUAA